AGCUUAAAAUACGACAAAUGACAAAUUUAUCAAUUACAUCUUACAUUUGCGAGGCGUGCCAUUACUAAAACAGUCCUGAGUAUAAAGGCAAUAUUCUUAUCGCAACCAAUACGGAAGAUAUCUGCAGAAUCUAAGCGGAAAUGUGUGUGGUACGCCGUGAAAAUUAUUUUCAAGGAUAUGAUUAUGAAUCAAAUUGUCUUCCGUAUAAAGAGGAGACGGAUGACAGGCAGAAGCAUCAGUCAAACGGAAGAUAUCAGCUAUGUUGGUGACGGUUUUGCCGUUUUUGCUAGUUGCAAAUGUUACUGUCGAUGAUCGACGGUCAUCAUGGUUAACGUACGGUCCGGAAUGUACGUACGACGUUCUCGUAAACAUGUCCUUAGCCAAUAUCGUUCAGGAGACUGACAAUUUCUGCUCUAUGAUUGCCACUGAGCUCAAGUGUCGCUCUAAGGGAGAAGAUAGCCUCAGCUGCCGCUUUAAGAACUCUCGAAUCAAACGUCCCAAUCCGACAGACAACAGAUGCUCGAACGCGAAGGAUUUUGUGCCCACGAAAUACAAGUUCGUGGGCGAUGAUCCUUUCGAAAUCAGAUUCAAUUCGAGGGGUAUCGAAAAUCUGGUGGUGCACAGGUCGAUUUCCAGAUGGAGGCUCGACAUGAUCAAGAGCAUAGUUAGCCAGCUGAACAUUGGUUUCGAGAUUCAGGAACGUCGUGAAAAAUUCACCAUUAUGGAAAAUUCGACAGUGGGUUACUGCGAAGUCGACGUUAAGGUCAUUCGUAACGCUCCUGAUUACGAGGAAGAUGACGAUGAUUCUACCGAGAAGAGCAAGAAUUUCGAGAUCGGAUUAAUGCCUUUCGGCGAAGAACUCACGCAAACAACUUCUUUGAUCAGUUUGGAAAAAUUCCAAGUAGAAAAAGUUCGAGAGCCAAAAAGGUGCCCGCGAAGAACGAUAUACUUUUUCGGAAAUCAUGAAGAUUAUAGUCAUGGUAAUAGGCAACUUUACAUGGACAUGACCACUUCCGCCAGUCAUAUCACGAUCUCAAAAGACAAAUUUGUAUCCUACACAAUAUCGGAGGGUGUAAUGAAAACGGCAAAUAAAUCGCGGAUUAUGCGUCCUUACCAAAAGAUAAGUUUAAAAUUGAAGCGAAUAGAUUUUGCUCAGUCUGCACUGCCAGAGAUUCAAGAUCCAGCCUCGACGAGUCUAUUCGCUUUUUCAAAUCUGCGAACUAUUCCGGAAGACGAGUAAUCCGAAAUGUUGAUCAUAUUGAAGAAAAUGUAAGAGACCGCUAAAAUUAAUUAUAAAAAACAUUUCAUUGUUUUUGAUUGUUAAUAAUCAAUUUGCAAUAUAAUGAUGUUUCUGUUAAUAAUUUAACAUUAUUUUAUUCAGAAUUACAAAAAAUAUGUAUAUGUAUAUUCUGAAAUAAAAUUAUAUUAUUGUUAACUAAUAAAACA